ACACACCUUAUGCAAAUGACACAAUUUUCAGACGGCACAGCAGGCUUUGUUUACACAGCUAUCCGACUGCAGCCGGUUAGCCUGCUCUGCUGCGCUCUGCUCCAGCAAAUGCGUGUUCAGAGUUUGGAGGGAAGGAAUAGUCAGUUGUGAACUUCAAGGGAGUGCUACCAAAAGUUUUUACUUUGCACAGGGGCCACAAGUGCGGUGAAAUUCUUCACAAGAGGAGGUGAAACAAGAGAACAAAUGAUUCUUUGAAAAAAAAAAAAAAAACUCCACCGUUGCACUGCUGUAUUUUAAUUGGACAAGGUGGGACAUACACUGGAAGAAGAAAAAAACAGGCGGCAACAUUUUUAAGCUAGUGUUGUGCUUUACUGAGGCACAGCAUUGAGGGAAUCUAAAAGAGGAUAUACAAAACUUUUUUCUUCUGGAGAACCAUCUCAAGGAUUUGAUACAGUUUUAGUGGGAAAGGUUGCCUCCGCUGUGCUAUGCAGGAGAACUCCCAUUCACUCUGUAUCUGAGAGGAAUAUUUAGGCAAGAGAUCCAAAAAAAAAAAAAAGGCCAUGGAGUUGGGCCGCAGGGACAGAGAGCCCUGCUUGUCCCCUGCAGCAUUUGUUAAUCAGGUGCAAUACUCUAACAUUCUGGAGGGAAGGUUUAAACAACUGCAAGAUGAGCGUGAAGCAGUACAGAAGAAGACCUUCACCAAAUGGGUUAACUCUCAUUUAGGCCGAGUGACCUGCCGCAUUGGUGACUUGUACACCGACCUACGCGAUGGCCGCAUGCUCAUCCGCCUUCUGGAAGUGCUCUCAGGAGAACAGCUGCCAAAGCCCACUAAGGGCCGCAUGCGUAUCCACUGCCUGGAAAAUGUUGAUAAAGCCCUGCAGUUUCUCAAGGAGCAAAAGGUCCAUCUAGAAAACAUGGGCUCACAUGACAUUGUGGAUGGGAAUCACCGUCUUACCCUGGGUCUCAUCUGGACCAUCAUCCUUCGCUUCCAGAUCCAGGACAUCAGUGUGGAGACGGCGGACAACAAGGAGAAGAAAUCAGCCAAAGAUGCCCUACUGCUUUGGUGCCAAAUGAAAACUGCUGGAUACCCCAAUGUCAACAUCCACAACUUCACUACCAGCUGGAGAGAUGGUCUCGCGUUCAGUGCCAUCGUGCACAAACACAGACCUGACGUGAUUGAGUUUGACAACCUGAAGAGGUCCAAUGCUCACUACAAUCUCCAGAAUGCUUUCAAUGUGGCUGAGAAGGAACUGGGGCUUACCAAGCUGCUGGACCCAGAAGAUGUUAAUGUUGAUCAGCCUGAUGAAAAGUCCAUCAUUACCUAUGUGGCGACCUACUACCAUUACUUCUCCAAGAUGAAAGCUCUGGCAGUGGAGGGCAAACGAAUUGGCAAGGUACUGGACUAUGCUAUUGAGGCUGAUGAGCUGAUAGAGAAGUAUGAGACUCUCGCCUCAGAGCUGCUGCAGUGGAUUGAGCAGACCAUAGGGACGCUCAAUGACCGGCAGCUAGCUAACUCACUGAAUGCUGUGCAGAACCAGCUCCAGGCUUUCAACUCAUACCGGACUGUGGAGAAACCCCCUAAAUUUACAGAGAAAGGAAACUUGGAAGUUCUUCUCUUUACUAUCCAGAGCAAGAUGAGGGCAAACAAUCAGAAAGUCUACAUGCCAAGAGAGGGCAAACUCAUCUCAGACAUCAAUAAGGCAUGGGAGCGACUGGAAAAGGCAGAGCAUGAACGAGAGCUGGCACUGAGAAAUGAGUUGAUUCGCCAGGAGAAGCUGGAGAUGCUCGCGGCCCGUUUUGACCGCAAAGCAGCUAUGCGGGAGACGUGGCUAAGUGAGAACCAGAGGCUGGUGUCUCAGGACAACUUUGGAACUGACUUGGGAGCCGUGGAAGCUGCCACCCGUAAACACGAAGCAAUUGAGACAGACAUUGGGGCAUAUUGGGAGCGUGUGGCUGCUGUGGAGGCUGUUGCCAAAGAGCUGGAAGCAGAGAGGUACCAUGAUGUGCGGCGUGUAAUUGCGCGAAGGGAUAAUGUGCUUCGACUCUGGGAAUACCUGAAAGAGCUUCUGGCUGCACGCAGAGAGCGGCUGAACGCCCAUCGUGACCUACAGAGACUCUUUGAGGAGAUGCGCUACAUCAUGGACUGGAUGGCAGAGAUGAAGGGCCGUCUGCAGUCCCAGGACAGUGGCAAACAUUUGCAUGAUGUGUUAGACCUACUACAGAAACACACUCUGGUAGAGGCUGACAUUUCAGCUCAGGCAGAGAGGAUCAAGGCAGUGCAGGGAGCCGCACAGCGCUUCACUUCCUAUGAACAGGCCUACAAACCAUGUGAGCCGGGACUAGUAAGUGAGAAGGUUGACCUGCUUGGUCAAGCCUAUGAGGAGCUUGGUCAGCUUGCUGGAAAACGCAGAUUGCGCCUCGAGGACUCGCACCACCUGUGGCAGUUUCUGUGGGAUGUGGGAGAGGAGGCAGCCUGGAUCAGGGAGCAGGAGCAGAUCCUGGCCAGUGGAGACUGUGGACGUGACCUCACUUCUGCCCUUCACCUUCUUAGCAAACAUGAAGCCUUCAGGGAUGAGAUGGCAGCCCGUUAUGGCCCCCUGAGUAACAGCAUUGCUGCUGGAGAAGCUUUGGUUCAGGAGGGUCACUUUGGAGCCCCAGAGGUCACCGAGAGGAUUGAAGAUAUCCGUGCACAGUGGACACAUCUGGAGGAGACAACUAAGCUCAGAGAGCAGAGCCUUAAGGAAGCGGUGGCCCUGCACCAGUUUCAAACGGAUGCCAAUGACAUGGAGGCAUGGAUCAUGGAGACACUUAGACAGGUGUCCAGUCAGGAGGUGGGCCACGAUGAGUUCUCCACCCAAACACUCGCUCGCAAGCAGAGGGAGAUAGAAGAGGAGAUCCAGAGUCACCGCCCCGGCAUCGACUCACUGCAUGAGCAGGUCCAAGCACUGCCACAGGCCUACAUACAUUUCCCUGAGGUGGACGGUCGCUUACCUGCUAUUGAGCAGCGCUUUGAAGAACUGGAGUCUCUGUCAGCAGCUCGGCGCCAGGCUCUGGAAGGUGCCCUGGCCCUCUACCGCAUGUUCAGUGAAGCUGGUGCCUGCCAGCUCUGGGUGGAGGAAAAGGAGCAGUGGUUACAUGGCAUGGAGAUCCCUACCAAACUGGAGGACUUAGAGGUGGUGCAGCAGAGAUUCGAGACACUGGAACCUGAGAUGAACAACCUAGGCAUUCGUGUCAACGAUGUGAACCAGGUCGCAGAGCAGCUGCUGAGCUCCGACAACUGUAGCAAAGCCCAAAUCCACCAGACACGAGACCAACUGCACAACAGAUGGAAGGAGUUUGAACAACUGGCUGGCCAAAAGAAAGUAGCUCUAGAGUCGGCCCUUAACAUCCAGAACUACCACUUGGAGUGUAAUGAGAUCCAAACUUGGAUGAAGGAAAAGACCAAAGUGAUUGAAUCCACCCAGAGCCUGGGCAAUGACCUGGCUGGAGUGAUGGCACUGCAACGCAAACUCACUGGCAUGGAGAGGGACCUGGAGGCCAUUCAGGGCAAACUGGAUGACCUGAGAAACGAGGCUGAAAAGCUGGCCACGGAACAUCCAGAUCAGGCUGGAGAGAUCCAAGGACACCUGGCAGGGAUUCAAGAGGUGUGGGAGGAGUUGAAUGCCACCAUGAAGCGGCGUGAGGAGUCAUUGGGCGAAGCCAGCAAGCUGCAGGGCUUCCUUAGGGAUCUGGAUGACUUCCAGUCCUGGCUGUCCCGCACCCAGACAGCCGUGGCCUCGGAGGACAUUCCCACCUCUCUGCCAGAGGCUGAGAGUUUGCUAGCCCAACAUGAGAGUAUCAAGAAUGAGGUGGAUAACUAUAAGGAGGACUACGAGAAGAUGCGGGCGGUUGGUGAGGAGGUGACCCAAGGUCAGACCGAUGCCCAGCACAUGUUCUUGGCCCAAAGGCUCCAGGCACUUGACACUGGCUGGCAUGAGUUGCGUCGCAUGUGGGAGAACCGCCACAGUCUUUUGGCCCAAGCCUUUGACUACCAGACUUUCUUGAGAGACGCAAAGCAGGCAGAGGCUUUCCUCAACAGCCAGGAGUAUGUGCUGUCCCACACGGAGAUGCCCACCAGUCUUCAGGGAGCAGAGGAGGCCAUUAAAAAGCAUGAGGAUUUUCUCACCACCACAGAGGCCAGUGAGGAGAAGAUUACUGGUGUGGUUGAGGCUGGACGGCGCCUCAUUAAUGACUGUAAUGCAAACUCUGAUAAGAUCCAGGAAAAAGUUGAUUCCAUCCAGGAAAGGCAUGUUAAGAAUAAGGAGGCUGCAAAUGAAUUGCUGACAAAGCUUAAGGAUAACCGUGAACUGCAGCACUUCCUCCAAGAUGGGCAGGAGCUCACAUUGUGGAUCAAUGAAAAGAUGCUGACAGCACAGGACAUGUCUUAUGAUGAGGCCAGAAAUCUUCACAGCAAGUGGCAGAAACAUCAGGCCUUCAUGGCAGAGCUGGCCUCCAACAAAGACUGGCUAGACAAAAUUGAUAAGGAGGGUCAGGCACUGGUGGCCGAGAAGCCGGAGCUGAAACCUGUUGUUCAGCAGACUCUGGAGGACCUACAGCGUCAGUGGGAGGAGCUGGAGGGCACGACCCGCACCAAGGCCCAGUGCUUGUUUGAUGCAAACCGGGCAGAGCUCUUUACACAGAGCUGCUCUGCUCUCGAUGUCUGGCUGAAAAACCUUGAGGGUCAGCUGUAUAGCGAUGAUUAUGGCAAAGAUUUAACUAGUGUCAACAUCCUGCUCAAAAAGCACCAGAUGCUUGAGCACCAGAUGGAGGUCCGAGAGAAGGAGGUGCAGUCCCUCCAGUCUCAGGCUCUGGCCCUGUCCCAGGAGGACGCUGGACUCGCUGAGGUAGAUGGUCAGCAAAGGCGAGUCACUGAUAACUUCUCCAACCUUCAGGAUCCUCUCGAACUGAGGAGACAGCGACUACUCGCCUCUAAAGAAGCACAUCAAUUCAACAGAGAUCUGGAGGAUGAAAUUCUAUGGGUGAAAGAGCGGAUGCCCCUGGCGGACUCCACAGACCAUGGAAAAGACCUGCCCACCGUACAGCUGCUAAUCAAGAAGAACCAGACAUUGCAGAAGGAGAUCCAGGGCCACCAGCCACGCAUCGAUGACAUCCAUAGACGAGGCAAGACUCAGAGCCAGGUAGAUGGUGAGAGACAGUCCGUCCUAGAGGAGCGCCUUGUUGAGCUGCAGGACCUCUGGGACCAGCUGAUAGCCGAGACAGACAAGCGCCAUGCCCGCCUAAUAGAGGCCAAUCGCGCCCAGCAGUUCUAUACUGACGCAGCGGAGGCGGAGGCGUGGAUGGGAGAACAAGAGUUACACAUGAUGUCAGAGGAAAAAGCCAAGGAUGAGCAAAGUGCACUAGUGAUGGUCAAGAAGCACCAGACCCUGGAACAGGCACUUGAAGACUACGCCCAAACCAUUCACCAACUCGCCAACAGCAGCCGUCUCAUGGUCACCAGUGAACACCCAGAGAGCGAGAGAAUCACCUUACGGCAAGCUCAAGUUGACAAACUGUAUGCAGGGUUGAAAGACCUCGCUGAGGAGCGUCGUGGGCGGCUUCAGGAGAGACUGCGGCUGACCCAGCUGAAGCGGGAGGUGGAUGACCUGGAACAGUGGAUUGCUGAGAGAGAGGUGGUUGCUGGCUCCCAUGAACUAGGACAGGACUAUGAACAUGUCACAAUGCUGAGAGACAAGUUCCGGGAGUUUGCUCGUGACACCAGCACCAUCGGCCAAGAGCGUGUAGAUGGUGUUAAUGGGCUGGCAGAUGACCUGAUUGAGUCAGGUCAUCCUGAGAACGCCAGUGUGGCUGAGUGGAAGGACGGGUUAAACGAGGCUUGGGCUGAUCUGCUGGAGCUGAUCGACACGCGCACACAAAUGUUAGCAGCCUCCUAUGAGUUGCACCGCUUCCAUCAGGAUGCCAUGGAGGUGCUUGGACGUGUUAAGGAGAAGAGGGAGGGGCUGCCUUCUGACCUUGGCCGUGAUCUUAACACUGUUCAGCAUCUACACAGACAGCACAACACUUUUGAAAAUGACAUCCAGGCCCUUAGUGGACAGGUGAACCAGGUGCAAGAUGACGCAGCGCGGCUGCAGAAGGCUUAUGCUGGGGAGAAAGCGGAUGACAUUAACAGGAGUGAACAUGCUGUGACUUCUGCCUGGGAGGGCUUGAUUGAGGCCGGUCAGGCCCGCAGGCUCCUCCUGCUGGACACUGUGGAGAAGUUCCGCUUCUUCAACAUGGUGCGGGACCUCAUGCUCUGGAUGGACGGUGUCAACCUGCAGAUAGAUGCACAUGACAGCCCCAGGGAUGUGUCUUCUGCAGGGCUGGUCAUUGCCAAUCAUCAGGACAUCAAGUCAGAGAUUGAGACCAGAGCAGACAGCUUUACUGCCUGUAUUGAGAUGGGAAAUACUCUUAUCAACAAUAAUCACUAUGCAGCUGAUGAGGUCCGGGAGAAACUGGCUCAACUCCAGGAAAAGAGAGAGAAAAUCAAUAAAAAGUGGCAAGACAAGAUGGACCAUUUACAAAUUGUGCUGGAGGUGUUGCAGUUUGGACGCGAUGCCUAUGUGGCAGAGUCUUGGUUGGCAGGGCAAGAACCUCUGGUGCGAGCAGCAGAGCUGGGCUCAAAUGUGGAUGAGGUAGAGAGCCUAAUUAAGCGCCAUGAGGCCUUUGAGAAACUUGCUGCAGCCUGGGAAGACCGCUUUGUGCUGCUGGAGAAACUCACUACACUUGAGGAGCAUGAGCUGCAAAGGAGGAGAGAGGAAGAAGAGAGAGCACGGCGACCCCCUACACCACCCCCAGCAGAAGUAGCACAAUCUGAAGCAGAAAGUCAUGCACAUGAUUCUGCAGCCAGAACCAGUCUGGACCAGACCACACUCAAUCAGUCGGUGUCAGUGAAUGGAGUUCACAGCGACAACGACACAUCACAGCAGUUAUUGUCGCUAUCGUUGUCAGUGGGAAAGAAAUCAGAGCCUAAACGUGUGUGUAAGCCAAAGCAGCCGGAGCGUGGCUCAGAGACUGAGUCUGUGAACGGACCAGGUAGAGACAGCGGGCUGGCAUCCUCUCGCCUGGAUCCUUCUGCCACGUUACCGAGCAGGGGUGGAGCGGAGUCUGAGCCAGAUACCAUGGAGGGGAUGCUCUGUCGAAAACAGGAGAUGGAGUCGCACAACAAAAAGUCAGCUAGCAGGUCCUGGCAGAACGUGUAUUGUGUCCUAAGAAAAGGAAGUCUCGGUUUCUAUAAAGACGGCAAGAGCGCUAGCAACGGCAUUCCUUACCACGGAGAGGUACCCAUCAGCCUCGGAGAGGCUGUUUGUGAGGUUGCGAACGACUAUAAGAAGAGGAAAUUUGUAUUCAAGCUCAGGCUAGGGGAUGGAAAAGAGUAUCUGUUCCAAGCAAAGGAUGAGGCGGAGAUGAGCUCCUGGAUCCGUUCCAUCAUCAGCUCCAUUCCAACAGGAUCAGGGGACUCGCCCGUAGGUCCUAGGGCCCUCAGCCGUGCCAUGACGAUGCCUCCCAUCUCCCCCAGCUCAGGUGAUGCUGGAGGUGUAACAAUGCGCAACAAAGAUGGGAAAGAGAAGGAUCGUGAGAAGAGGUUUAGCUUCUUUGGCAAGAAAAAAUAGAACAAUUGUAAAAUUGAUGAAAACUACUAUUUGUCAAAAUUUCAACAACCUGAAGCAGGCUGAAAGCAAAGUACAAACAGGUCACACAAACACACUGCUCUCAGUGCAGGCCCCAAGGCAUUUGUGGACAGCUACUGUAUGUGGCUAACAGAACUUUUUUUCUUUUUUAUCUGAUUCUCUCCCUCGCCAGUUUUAUCUGUCAUUUGCUUUUCACCCAAUUCAUAUUUCACAUUUAGCUGCACCCAACAAUGAAAGCCCUCAUCCAAUUUCAGCCAACUGGCUGAGCUUAUUCAUCACUAAAAGGUAUGGUUGGCAUUAACAGGGAUUCAGACCCAGUUCAGUUCCAAGCCACCAAAACGGCCGUCCCUCAGCAUGAAUAUUUUCUCUUCAGUAAGUCUUGACUAGCUGAGCCGUUUUGAUGCCGUGCCACAAAUAAAACCAUGGAUGGUGGCUUUCCACUGUUGUGCACAUUACUUUUAUCACCCCACUUUAAAGCGCUCUCUCUUUGGGAAGGAUCACAUCAGUCUCUUUUUCUGUUCUUGGUAUUGAUGUUAUUAACCUGACCGAUAUUAUUGCUAUUAUUAUUUAUCUUUUGCUAUCGCUGGUUUGAGAAAACAAACUAAUUAAUUUGCCAGUAGAUGAUCUUGAUUCAUGUUGUGGAGAGAAACAAAUUUGGUUAAACUAGUGGAGAAUGUUGGGCUUGCCCUUGUAUGUAUUAUUUUGUUUUUUUUAGGAAUGACAGUUGUUGAGGUGUUUUUGAGAAAAAAAAUAAAGCUCAUUCAAUUUUA